AGGUAAUAGGUAUAGAUACAGGCAGGCAACGAGACAUUCGACAUUCGUUCAACAUUCGUUUCAUUUAGGACGAAUAUCUGUGUCCGAUCGAGUUGUUUGUUUAUAUUUUCCAUAAUUAUUCCAACAAAACUACAGUUGCGUACAUACAUUUGGUAAAUAAUGACUGCGGUGUUAAAAAAACGAGCUCUAGCUGAGUACAACAAAUCUUUUCAGGAUGGUCCACCUUCAAAGAAACUGCACUUAGCUAAAAAACCGUUGAUAGGCAGUUCAGCUGCAGCUUUUGUAGGACUCUUGGAAAAAUGCAAAUCGAGUGACGAAGCACUGCAAUUGCUACUACGUAUUUCCGACUGCCUACAGUUCCAGGAGUCUGAUGUAGAGGAAGCCAUUAAGAAGCUCUCGGAGCAUUUUCAAUCUGAAGAGGAGUCUGUGGUCAGAGUGAAAAUUUUAUGGCUGUUUUGUGACAUUGGGCUUGAAUGCCCGGGUGCAAAUCUCAAUAAUCUCAUUGAUGAAACAAUACAUUUAAUAAAAAAUGAAACUUCUCAUAAGGUUAUAGCACAGGGUAUAGCUACUUUACUGAAGCUCGGUAACAAAUUGAGCGAUGAUAAGAAUCUGAUGAAUAGGCUGGUGGCAGUUGCUAAAGAUAACCUAAAGGACACAAGUCACCAAGUGAAGUGUCGGUGCCUGCAACUUAUCAGUGAGCUUUAUGUGAUAUGUCCAGAACCUGACCGCACUGUGGAGAAUGUUACUGAGGCUGAUGCUAUUGUCAAGUUACUAGGGGAUUACUCUCAUGCUGAGGACGCUAGAGUGAGAUGUGAAGCAUUCCAAGCAUUGUUGACAUUGCAUGAACGGGGGCAGAUGUUGAGUGCCUCACUGUAUGAACAAGUUUGUACAGCAUUGUCGGAUGACUAUGAGAUCGUACGGGAAGUUGCACUCAAGUUGGUCUGGGUGCUGGGAAAUAAGUACCCUGAAAACACAGUGACAUUACAAGAUGGCGAAACAACCAUGCGGCUGGUGGACGACGCCUUCAUCCGCAUCUGCUCGGCGGUCAACGACCUCUGCAUGCAGGUCCGUGCGCUCGCCUGCACUCUACUCGGCACCACGCGGGGGGUCUCUGAUCGGUUCCUGCUGCAGACGCUGGAUAAACAGCUCAUGAGUAAUAUGAAGAAAAAGCGCACGGCGCACGAGCGCGGGCUGGAGCUGGUGCGGUCGGGACUGUGGGCGAGCGGGCGGCGCUGGGCGGACGACGCGCCCGGCGCCGCCGUGCAGCACGACGCGGUGCAGCUGCUGCCCGGCGGCGCGGCCGGCGCCUUCGUGCACGGGCUCGAGGACGAGCUCAUGGAGGUGCGCACAGCGGCGGUGGACGCAGUUUGUCAACUGUCCUUGGAGAACACAGUGUUCGCGACGACUUCGCUGGACUUCUUGGUCGACAUGUUUAACGACGAAAUUGAGGACGUGCGGCUUCGAGCGAUCGACAGCCUCACGAAGAUCUCCCACCAUAUUGUGUUGAGGGAAGACCAAUUGGAGACCAUUCUCGGGGCUUUGGAAGAUUACUCGAUGGAUGUGAGAGAAGGCCUACACAGAAUGCUGGGGUCAUGUACAGUCGCGUCCAAGACAUGCCUUGAGAUGUGCAUCGACAAAAUUUUAGAGAAUCUCAAGAGAUAUCCACAGGACAAGCGGUCAACCUACCGCUGCGUGCAACGCCUUGGCAGUUCCCACGCGACGUUGGUGCUGCCGCUCACCACGCGCCUGCUGGCGGUACAUCCCUUCUUCGAUAUGCCCGAGCCUGACGUUGACGACCCUACCUACGUGUGCGUACUAAUCCUCGUAUUGAACGCGGCGCAACACUGCACCACGAUGCUGCCGCUGUUUGAAGAGCACACGGUCAAACACUACACGUACCUGCGAGACACUAUGCCGCAUUUGGUUCCGCACUUGCCUAUAGGUGAAGCCCAACAGUCGAGCGCUGAGAAGAUCGAAGCCGCGAUGGACGACAGCGCUGUGCGGCGGUUCUUCGAUUCCGUACUGCAACACAUCGACAACGUCACUUUGUCUGUGAACGUGCGACUCAAAAUGCUGGCAUCGGCUGAAGAUCAACUGAACAAACUAGCAGAAAUGGAGCCGGCAGUGUCGGGCGCGGCGAAGUUCACAGCGCUGUUCGCGCGCUGCGUGGUCGCGCUGACGGCCGCCGUCGGCCGCGCCGCGCCGCCUGCGCACGCGCUGCACACGCUCGUCGCCGACUGCCUCAGGUUACAACACCAAUUCAGCGGGGUCACAGAACAAGAGAACGCGUGCGUGUGGCAACUCGCGCUGCGCGUGUGCGCCGCCCGGCUCUACGCCGCGACUUCCGCUUCCGCCAGCAACAACUGCACGCCGGCGACGCCGGGGGGCGCCACUGUCAUCAGCGCGGCGGCGUUGUCGGCGCAGGCGGCGUUGACGCACCACGCUGAGCUUCUCGAUAGAUUGCUCGCCUCUGCUGGCGUGGAGCCGGACCCGUUCACGAUCGCGGUGUUCCAGCAGCUGUCGCUGGCGGACAGCAAGCCGGCGGCGCUGGCGCGGGCUGUGAUGCCGCUGCUGCAGGCCGCGCCCAUGUGCGCCGUGCCUAAACCCAACCUCAACAUCCGCAUGUGCACCGCGACGAUAAUCGAGCCGGCGAGCGACAACGACACAGUGCUGCGCUUCAGCGCGGGUCUGGUGGCCGGCGUGGCGCUGGAGGCCGAGGUGCUGCGCGUGCGCGAGCCGCGUGCGCUGCGCGUGCGCGUGCACUACCCCGACCGCCGCGUGCACGCGCUCGUGCCGCCGCGCGACCAUCUGCGUCCGCUCGACCACCACACCAUCAACGAUGACGGCACGCAAAACGUGCGGCUGUUGACCAAAGUGCUGAUCUCACACUACGUGUGGACGGACCCGUGCGGCGUGGACAUCUCCGUGUGCCUCGCCGUGGACGAGGCGCGCGACCCCGCCGGCCUCGUCGAGCUCUGCCGCCCCGUGCGCGUCACCGUCGCGCCCAAACCCAUCAAGCGGGGGAUAUAAACCUAACAGUGCCUCGUCUUAGCGUGUUUGUAUUCGGCUUGGACCGUAAAUGAGUUUAAAUCAAAAUCAAAUCAUUUAUUCAGAAAUUAGGCCUUAGCAGACAUUUUUUCACGUCAUAUUCUAAAUUAAAUUAUAUUUACAAAAGCUACAAACUACUAUUUCGGAACGAUCACUGCUGAGAAGAAAAGCCGAAAUAAACUCAUUCAAACAGUUUUGGUCCCUAUCAUGCUAGAAUGUCUUACCAUUUUGUAAAUAUACAUUCAUGUAUCCUUAUGCCCAGUAUUUGCCAAGUUUCUUCCCCAAAUGUUGGAAACCCAACUAAUGGAUGGGUUUGCGCUGUUUGGGAAGAAACUGGGCAUAAACCCAUCAGUGUCUGUGACGCCGGUGCGCGUUAAAUUAAAGAAAUAUAUAUGGACAGAUAUUUAAUCACCUUGUAUGACAUCCACGGGAUGGUCCUAUUCUAAAACGAGAAUCAUAUGCUACAUACAAGGAUAAGCAAAUGAAUAGAUCUCAAAUUGCAGUAUAUUAUAUGCAAUAAUACUUUUGUCGUCUUUAUAUUCAAUGUAUUUGAAUUUCCUGAUUCAAUUUAACAAGAAAGUGGGAAUAUCCAAUAAUUGUAGAUAUUAUGUAUCACAUUUGUAUCAGUCUUAUAAAUACUGAAUUUUAUAAAUAUGAUAUUAUUACAAAACAGGUACAAUAAGUACCUGUAUGAUAAUAAGUUUUAUUUAAAAUAAAUAAAUUGUAUAAAGAA